CGAACUUGUUAGAGAGGAUGUGGGCAGUGACUAGCGGCGGCUGACUUGUUCUGCGAUGCCUCGGGUCUUGCAUUUCUCGCAAGUCGGUGUUGCAUGGUCACAGCGGAUCUUCGAUAUACGACAUGGUUCGCAAGACCUAAAUGGAGUAUAAGCGUCGGCUCAAGCUUUCCCGCGUCGUACAAACCUAGGCUUUCCGUUCCGUCUCAGCAUUGCGUGGCAUUCCACACAAUGCAGUGCAGGUGAGGUGGAAUAGCAAACGAAUAUUACGCACAACUGCAACGUGGGGAUCUCUAUCAGAUCGGAGUUCUCGUGCAUGGAACAUGUUUGCUCCGAGAACGGAGUGGUUAGUGCCAUGUUGAGCUCCGCGGCUUACCAAGCGGCAAGCUAGCCGGUCAUCUGACAAGGUGAUUUGGUGGAAUGGGCGAGUCGCCCAAAGGGGUAAGCCUCGGAGUACUCGGUGCACUUGCACCAUGUCGAAGGGCGUCGUCUUCUACACAGUGCGAAUGCGCCUUGCACCAUCAACUUCCAGUCGCUAGUCACAUUGCCCUCGUCGACUGCUGUUGGUACUGCUGGAGAUGGCGAUGUUCACGGCACUGUAACGCCUGCCCGUUGACUACUAGGACGAUCGGGUUGCAAGUGUUCUGCGCAGCGAGGCAGAGUCUCUCAAUGAUCAUAGUGUGGACGCAGCCACCUUCUUGUCCCGCGACGUACAAGCUUCUGAAGCCAAACCGCACCGCCCCAAACGGCGACUCGAAACAAUCUGCGGCAUGUUGUAUGUUUCCUAAAGUGCUGGACGACGCUGUCGGGUGCCGGCGCGGUCAUCCUCGUGCCAUGGCUCGUAUCAGGUAUGCGCUGGCAAUUCGCCGAUCCUCCAUAUCCGGCAGUGGACGCUUUUGUCAUGGCUCGUGGAAAAUUGCCAGGACCAGCAGCCUCAGACCAAACGACUGGCUUGAGCGUCUCAACGACAUGCGCGACUUGGCUGCUCCAGCUCAUUGCGAAGAAGUCGGUCAAUGCAGCAGAGCCGCGCGACGACGAUUGAGGACAGUGCUCAGAUGCUGGGUUGAUGCACGCAUUCUGUUCCGUGCUAAGGCUCCGUUGGCGGUGGCGCAGUGCAUCGUCCUGUCACCACCAUGGGCCUGAGGCAACGAAUGCCUCUGCUCAGCGCGCCAGCAGAGAAACCAGACUUGCUGUCAGCUUGUAGUCUCAUCCUGGUCUCCUCCAUUUAUGAUUUUCGCUUUUGCCGCGCGCCGUCUGUGUUUGGUACUACGCGAAUGCUGUGCAGCGUGGUAUGCAGCUAAACCCAAUAGCUGCAGCAGUAUCCACCCGCAGCCCUUCACCGGUUUGAGGGGUUCUACGAAUCGGGCCCAGCACUGAGUCUGAUCUGAUCAUC